UUCCGAUUCCUCUUGUUUUGUUUUGGAGUUUCACGUGUUCACGAUCGAAAGUCAGAUUACUCCAUGGCAAUGAAAAUAAUAAUAUAUGCUUUAUUCGCUCAGAAUCAGUUAAUGUUACUGCUAAAUAAAGGAUAAGGUUAUCUGCCAGAAUGUUUGCCGAUUCAGAAGAUGAUGGUGGCCCUGAUGCUAGUAGUUAUAGAACAUAUGACAUUGAUAGUUUAAAUGAUUCAGACAGAGAAGAACUUGAACAUGCAUUGUAUAGUCAAAUACAUUUUGAACAGCAUGAUGAUUGGAAUUUAGAAAAUGAAAUAAGUGACCAUACCAAUUAUCCAGUUUACAUUCCAACAGUAAACAAAGAUAUAUUUAAUGUAGAUAUAAGUCCUUCUUCAUCGACUGACAAAAAUAUAGAUAAUUUUCCAAUUAAGACCAAAGUUCCCCUAGAAAUUCUUUCUGAUGAGAAAAAUAUAUUGCCUGUUGAGAAGCCAAAUAAUCGCAAAGGAAAAGUUCUGGUGAAAGAAACUCUCUCAAAAUUAAAAGUAGCCUCUGUGAAUAAGCUAACCCCAACUAAAAAAAUUAAGGAUGCAAAAAAGGUUCAUAAUCAGUCACUAAAAUCUAAGAAUAAUUAUAAUGAAAAAGAAGAUUCCAAGUACUCACUAAAAACAUCAGUUAAUGCCAGAAGUAUUAAAAGUCAUCAAUUAAUUACUGGUUUAAAGAAUAUUCUGAAUUCUAGUAGUGCAUCUCAGAAGAAUAAAAAUAAGAAAGUCAUAGUGCUAAGUGAUGUAGAAAAGUCUGAAAGUGAGAGUGAUGAAGAGGAAGUGUCGUCAGCAAGCGAAGAUGAAAUGUCUAGUAGUUUCAUGUAUGCAAGUGAUUCGGAUUCAGAUAGUUCAAGUAUGUGUAGUAAAACAUUCGGCCGAGAUCGAGUAGAGACAGAUAUAAAACUUAAUAUUGAUGAUCCUAGCGAUGCUGAUAUCGAUGAUGUCAUUGCCAUUAAUUCUGGUCUCUCCUCGGAAAGUGAUGAGCAAAACGAUAUCAAUAAAUGGCAAGUCAGUGAACAAGAUAUAUUAGGAUCACGACCAGAAGUGUUCAGAUAUUAUAAAUAUGAUGCUGUUAAAAAUGUUAGAUGUAAAAAUUGUAGAGAAAAGGGUCAUUUAUCAAGAGACUGUCCUAAACCCAGGGUGAUAGUAUGUUAUUUAUGUGGUCAAAGAGAUCAUAUGAGUCAAGCUUGUACACAACCUAUAUGUUAUAACUGUUCUAAACCAGGACAUGUUGCUACGGACUGUAAAGAUCCACAAUAUAAAUGGUUUAAAUUAUGUACUAGAUGUGAAAUGCCAGGUCAUCAAGCAGAGAACUGUCCAGAUUUAUGGAGACGCUUCCAUCUAACAACUACAGUUUGUGAUCCUGUCAAACAACCAAUUAGAAAGAAUCCUAAAAAGUUUUGUUGUAACUGUGGAAGUAAUAAGCAUUUUGGUUAUGAAUGUAAUCGAGCACCGAUGUCAACUCAUGCCCAGAUAACUUAUCCAUUUAUAUUAUACUAUAUGAUCUUUUCAGGAAUGUAA